UUAAUCAGUAUCAGAAUCUUAACUUAAUGACCACAGAAUCUAUAGCAACCAUAUUGAUUCUAAAUACCAGUUAAAUUCAACUCUUUGAAAACAUUUUGCACGUUCAUUGCGAAGAAGGACCCCCUUAUCAUAGUGUCGCAAUUCCAAGAAGUAUCCCUGCAACCUUGCUAGAGUAUUGGCAGGUUUAGGAUCUAUAUUUCGAGCUCUAUUCAGUGUCGGAGUCAUAUGGAAGGUAGAAACCAAAAUGGCAGACGGAAAGCAACCGGCGACUCCUGGAGAGGAAAUAAAUCUCAGUAAGAAGAGGGAAGCAAACUGGCCCGCUGUACUUUUCUUCAUUCACAUACAUCUGCUCUCCCUUUAUGGAAUUUACCUUCUGAUAUAUGAAGUUAAAUGGAUGACGGUCAUAUUUUUAAUAACAUUGACAUUUCCCGCCAUACUCGCAAUGACGACCGGAGCUCAUCGACUUUGGGCGCACCGUACUUACAAAGCAAGCACAGAAUUGCGCAUUGUUCUAAUGCUGCUUCAGACUUUAGCUGGUGUUGGUCCUAUUUACAACUGGGUUAGACAUCACAGGCUACAUCACGCACACUUUGCUACAGAGAAUGAUCCAUUUGACUACAACCAAGGUUUCGCAUACGCCCACAUCUUCACGCGAAUGAGGAAACUCAGUCCGUACCAGGAAAAAUUAAAAGAGUCCAUCGACAUGUCGGAUCUAGAAAAUGAUUCUGUUGUUAUGUUUCAAAAGACGCUAUACUGGUUUAUGUAUGCAACGCUGUUCCUACUGUUGCCCCUGAACGCACCACUCGAGUAUUGGGAGGACUCAGUAUUAAGUUCCGUCUUUGUUAUUGGCUUUCUUCGAUACUUCAUCUUACUACACGCGUCUUGGUUGAUAGAAAGCGCUAUCUGCGUUUGGGGAUUGAAACCUGGAGAAAAAUCACCACCUGAUUCUAAUUCUGUGUUCAUUAUAACGCGGACAUUCUGGCCUCACUACCACUAUUUAAUACCCUAUGAUUACAAAUCCGGAGAAUACGGUACCUAUGACUCCGGUUGUUCGAGUGCUUUCAUUAGAGUUUGGGCAGCACUCGGUAUCGCCACAGGUCUUCGUACAGUGGAGACGAACACGAUACAGAAGGCUUUGGCUGAGAUGGCAAAAACCAAAAAACCUCUUCAAAUAUGCCUAGAAAAUGCCCUAAAAGAUCAAACUUUGUCAGAUCAGCAUUAUCUCAAACGAGAAUAAUAUUUAUCUUUUUUUGUUUUAUUAAUUGUUACGAAUUUUAGUGACAUAAAUUAUAAUUAAUUAGAAACGAAGGAAAUCCUUGAACUAAUUACCUUAACUACUGUAUGUUUAAGUAUCAGAUGUAAACCCAAAACUAGAAUUCGUUUCCCAUGUCGUUUUUACUUAAAAAUUAUUUGUAUUUAAGAACUAAGUUUUAUUAUAUAUAUUAUAUACGCGUUUUCAUUUUAACCUCUGUGGAAAAUAGAAGUUGGCACUAGUUCUAUUUAUCAAUUUAAUUUUAUGCUACCACAUUUCUUGAAAAACUGUUAAAAAAUAGCACUGUGUUCAACUUUUUGCAAUACACAUAAAAAAUUCAACUUUGUACAAGCCGCUCUUUUUUCACUGACGUGAUGAAAACAACGUGACAACUUAAUGUUUUAGUUUAGUGUUCAAUAAAAAUAAAACUAGUAAUCAUACCAAA